AUGGAUACAGGCAAUGUUCCCUCCGAGCUGUGGAUGGAUAUCUUCGAGCUGUUACCCAGCCCUUCCGACCUCUACAGCAUCACACAGACAUGCAAGCGAUUCCACGCCCUGGCAGUCCGAGCCAUACACCGCCAUGUUAUUUGGAGGAGUGCCCGCCAGGUUGAGAACAAUCUUCCGGUAUGGAACUUCCAUCAAGGCAUGGACGUGACCAUCCAUACACUCGAGCUUGGUGUGUCAGUACGCCCCCCUGCAGUGCCAGACAAUUUACCAGUGCCGACCAACCCGCCGCUGUGGCCCUUUCAACCUGUGAACCAUCCUAUGGCUUUCGCCCUCCGUUUGCACAAUACCAUCUCAUACCAUCGGCUAGACUUGGAACGUUUCUCGUCUCAGACUCUACAUGCCGCUAUGCUACAGCGUAUAUUCACAUUCGUCAACCUCCAUAAACUUGUAUUUUCGAAUGUCAUAUUUUCAGAUGACCACUUCGCUAUCAUACACGCUCUUCCCCAGCUUCGGACGCUCCGCAUCGACCAUUGCAUCAUGCCCAGUCCCCAUCAACUACAGCAGUACGACCACGCGACACUCCCGAUUACUGACCUCAUCCUACUUAACUGGCGCCGCCAAGUCUCGGAGCACCACGGAGAAGUCUUGGUUGAGGAAGACAUGACACCUGUACUGAAUCUCGCGCUUGCACAGAAUUUGCAUACUCUCCGGGUCGACUCGACCGCAGAUGUCUUCCGCUACGUCUUUCACUGGCACAUCGACGCGCAGGCCCCGCUGAACGAUAUCCCACCACACCUCGAGCGGCUGUAUGUGCAGCGCAAACAGCUGCUGCAACCGUCCGUACCGGGCGAGUCGACGUUCCCAGACACGAGCCUCUACUCGUUUCUACAGCGCGCGCAUACGCUCACAACGUACUCGACGUUCCAUCCCGCGCCCCAGCACCAGCAUUUAAUGCCGGACACCCUCCCGCUCCUGCGCUGUUACUCUGGUCCCGUCGAGAGCAUCGCGGGCAUCCUCCCCGGGCGGCCUCUCGAAGCAGUUCAGCUGCUCUCGUGUGUGCAUGGCCAGAGUGGCGUGCACAACCACCGCGACGGGAUCCCUGCGCUGACGGCCGUCGCAGAAGAGUCGCCCGAGCUGCUGAUGCUCUCGGUAGAGUUCUCGACAUGGGAUGACGAGAUAAUGCACGCGAUCUGUGCAUUGUUCCCGAAGCUCCGCCGGCUGAAAAUCACGUACGAGGGUGCAGGCCCGAGCGAGUUGACGAUGGUGACAAUGGGCCCAGAGUUCCUGUCGCGUCUGCCGGAUUUACACACCCUACAGCUCUUCACGCUGUCCAAUGAAGGUGGCUCGCGGCUCAAGUAUCCUGCAUACCUGUUUGAUCCAUCGUAUGAGUCCGUGGAGGAGGAGAUGCGCAACCUGGUUAUCCCGUGGAAUCGAUGGUGCCCCGCCCUGCGCGAGGUGCAGCUCGCGUCGGGAUACACGCUGCUAAGGGGCUUUACGGGUGGGUAUUGGCAAAUACAACGGCUCAAGAGGGCUGAAGAAAUAGAAGAAUUUUACUAUUGA